CGCACGCUGAGAGAACUGUGCGGGGAAAGCGGGCUCGUACCCACCAGGUACAGGUUGUCGGGACUGGCCAGGGUUGGGACCGAUCCACCUUGCGCUGGCGGAUUCGCCGACGUAUACCGGGGGACCUACAACGGCACGAUUGUGGCUCUGAAGUUCAUGCGACUGCACGUCAGGGAUGGGAAAUCGUUCAUGAAGGUGUUUUGCAGGGAGGCUGUCGUCUGGAAACGACUGAAUCACCCACAUAUCGUCCCCUUCAUCGGCAUCGAUCCGUCGUACCACGCGUGUAUCGUGUCGGAAUGGAUGGAGCAUGGCGAUGUCAUGUCGUAUCUUGAAAGCCACCCGCGUGCAAAUCGCGUUCAACUGAUCACGGACAUUGCUCGUGGCUUGGAGUACAUGCAUGCCAGCGGUCUCGUCCACGGGGAUCUCAAAAGCCGCAAUGUCCUCGUUGACAGCCUUGGGCAUGCGCGUCUCAGUGACUUUGGUCUCGCU